AUAUUUUUGGAGGUGGUGAAGGAAGAGGAGGAGGAGGAGGAGGAGGAGGAGGAGGAGGAAGAGCAAGAUUGCAUUUCUCCUUUCGUUGCUGCUGCUGCUGCUGCUGCUGCUUAUGAAAAAAGAGCAGCUGUUGUGUGUGUUUGCGUGGGGUACUAUUGA